UGAUUUAUUACACAAACUAAAUUAUUGCCAGACUGCGGUAAACAAAUGAAAAUUUGAUGACCAUUUCCCACGUCAUUAAUCUUCUUGAGUAACAUUUAUUUCGGGGGAAAUAUAUUCGUGCCAAUGAACAGUUACAUAUCUAGUUACACACCCAAAUCCAAAUAAUUAAUUGUUACGCAUUCUUCCCAAUGCAAUUACAGACUGGAUGGAUGACUUAUGUAAUCGGGGGAUCAAUACGUUACAUAAAACCAGUUUUUACUAGGCUUUCCAGAAACCACUUCUAAUUCUACAUCCUGAAAGAUGUCAUUACUUAACGAUACAGACUCGAGCAAGAUUGCAAUAAGGAAUAAAUUAUGCUAAAAGCGACAGCUAUUCACAAACUUUAAAAUGUUGUAUGUUGGGUACAUUUUGCCAUAAUGAAAAGCCAGUAAAAUGACGACAUUCGUGGAGUCUCCAACGUGCACGAUGCACACUUGUGCCAAACGAACGAGCUAUCUCUGUUCAGGUGUACUGUUUAAUCGCAUUUAGCCAGCAGACGUUAUGGAUGGACUUAUGUAACGGGGUUAUAUAACAUUGCAAAAUGGGGGUUUAUGACAUGUUCGCAAAGAAGGAGUUCCUCCUUCCACGCAUAUGUUGCGUAGAGCAUUGCGUGGAAGUGGAAGUGCGUUAGGAAAGAAAUGGUGUGCAUAGAAGACGCGGCAGGUUAUUGGGUUCAUCAUUUAAGCCUUUCCUUUUAGGUUGGUACAUAGCAACCACACUGUGUAGCCUUCCACCAACGACAUAAAACAACCUUCACUUUAUCAUUGCACGUACAAAUGUACACUUGGUUCGCCAUAUUACCAAACUCAGCCAGAUAGGGCAGGGAUACGUGUAGAGGUGUGUUAAGGGUACUUAUUUUUCACGUACAUCACCUUCAGCCCCCUAACUGCUCAGUAACUGUAACUGGUUAAAACCAGAAUUUUUUUCAGUCUCACAAUUUUGACCUAAUAGUUAUCAAAUAAACUCCAUUUUCGAUGCCUUACACGUAAUCUACCAGUAUUGGGAUCAAUAAUCAAUUGAUUAAAGCAGAAAAAUAUAAUAGGGAAAUAUUUCAUUUAAAAGGACAUAAUUGGUAUAUCCUGUUUACAAAAUAUUGACGAGUUCCAUUUAAAUUUGAAAAACAAUCUAAUAAAUCUUUCAUCUCCGAAUUGACGAAUUAUAAAUUUUGUUUUUCCAAACUGGCAACUGACGUGUACUUAAUUGCCUUAUUAACUAAAAAAUUCCGUAUAAAGGAGAUGCAUAGUUUCCUAUAAAGUUUCUCACGAUGGGGGGCACAAUUUUUGUAGGAAUUUUCAUAGCAGUUAGUCGUACCGGAAUUCGCCGGGUCAGGGGACUUUACGGGUUUUCCACAAAACUACUACUAAUUUAGUCGAGUCACAAUUUUUUAAAUUAUAACCUACAUACGAACGGAUAAUAAUAUAUGGAAUCCAUACCAGAUUAAAUGUGAAUACGAGUGAAGUGAUACAAAUCUCUGCAUUUGAAAAUAAUAUUUGUUCCUAGAUAUAUUUUCGUUUUCAAACGAUAAGCGUAAAGUAGUUAAGUUGUAAGAUGAAGUACUUAAGGACAAACGUGAUCGUGAAAAUAGAACUAGUUUUAACAUGGAAGAAAGAUUUGCUCUCUGUUGUCACAUUUAUAAUGGGCGAUCUCUGCUACGGCAAAAGAAAGCGCUGGAGGAUGGCUACGGAAGGCAAUCCUUGAACAAUUCGCUAUUACGUAUUGCGUCACGACUGUUGCAAUUGACCAAUGUGUUCAAUACUGAUAUAAAAUGUGCUAUUUGAUUGUGAAAGUUGUUGGAAUUUCUUGAUAUGCAUUUGUGAUAAAACUCGUUCAUUUUGUGGAUAAAACGCUGAAGAGAAAGUUAAAUGUUUAAAAAUGUAGAUACAUAAUUACGUAUGUAGUCCAAAUUUGUAAAGAUUGAAAUUCUAUUCACAAAAAAAAACUGUGACAAAAUUAUGUCCAACUGUUAACCUCAAACGUACGUGUUGCUAUCAGUUGACCUUUUAAAGGUCACUGGUAGUGACGACAAACGGCUGACAAGACGGUGAUUUCUAAUUCUCAAUCUCACUUCGUGUCUCCGACCCUUCCUGGUGGGUCCACAAUGAAGGGUGAGGAGAGGAAAGAUGUGUGGACAAAGGAUGACAAUGCCAACAACAAGGAUGUCAAAACCCAACCGAAAUCCACCACCCCAGCGGCCACAAGUGGUAGUGGUACCGAAACUUCUGCAGCUAGUGCCGAUGUUCAUGAAAUUGGAGGAGAUGAGUCAACAGCCCCGGACAGUGUGAUUAGUUUGGGCAGUCUCAGCGGAAGUGCUCAUGUAUCCGAUAACAGUGAGGAGGACUCGGCUGGACACGAACGCAGGUCAGGUCAACAUGAAUCAGAGGAAGCAUCACAUGAAACUUCAGGAAAUGAAGGCACCUCAAAAGAAAUGUCGUCCCCUUUUCUCUUUAUUGGGCCAGUUGGCAAGAAACGCCGCUGCUGCCGAGAAAAGCGCACCUCCGGUGAUACCGAACCGGAUGUCCUGUCCCCAGUCUCAGUCCCCACAACACCCGACCUCACCUCAACCCCCGACCCUCCCCCACUGGUCGAUGACAUCAGUGAGGACAGCAGUCGAAGCCGAGGUUCUGGUUCCAGUCGGGAGGGCGGACAAGAAGAAGCGUCUUUAGUCACCUCCACCCCCACCUCUGUUAUUCGUAGUACUCCACGUAAACGGGGUGAUGACCAACCCUUAAAUCUAUCUACACUGCCCGUAGAUCCCCAAUCACCCCAACCCCAUUGUUCCUUCAGUUAUCCGAGAAGAGAUCAAAGACUGCGAGUGGAAACAUCCGGCGAUGUGGUCGAACGAGUCAGUGUGAUCAAUAUUAUUCCCAGAGAAAGACUUACGGAGGAGGCUGGAGACGAGGAGGAGGAAGGAUCCCUAUCCAGAAGCCCUUCCCAUUACUUGCAUGAACAACCACAUUCCUCAGACUUGCCCGAGCUAGGGUAUGAACACAGCGGUGGUGGUAUUAGUGGCGGUCAUCACCAUUCUCCAUGUGCGUCCGCUUCUGCAUCCGCCGACUUCUUUACGAUCUCACCAGGAUCUGCCCUGAGCAGCGCAGCAGCACUUUCCCCUGGAGGACCAAGUUCAUUCCAGGGGUUACUACUGGCUCAAGGCAUUAUUCAACAGGGUAAUGGGGGUUCCUGCCAAAAGAAGAAGUUGAAGUGUCGGGAUUGCGGGAAGGAAUUUAGUCAACUGCGAAACUACAAGUAUCACAGGUCUCGGCAUGAAGGGACGCAACAAUUUGCGUGUACUUGUCCCGUCUGCGGCAAAACCUUUAAUGACAAGGGAUACCUAAGCAGUCACCUGAAGAUCCACAGGAAUGAGAAGGAGUACAAGUGCGAAUGGUGCGGCAAGAGUUUCAAUCAACGCGUGGCAUACAAUAUGCACAUUCGAAUUCAUACUGGACACAAGCCACACAAAUGUUCGUAUUGCGCAAAGGCUUUCAGCCGCAAAAUGCUCCUAAGACAGCAUAUCAGGACACACACUGGAGAAAGACCAUACAAGUGCUCCAUAUGCAUGAAAGCAUUUGCCGACCGGAGUAAUAUGCUGCUACAUCAGCGACUUCAUUCCGGAGAAAGGCCGUAUAAGUGUCACAUAUGCGGUAAAUCUUUCUCCAAGAACCAUCACCUCAAAACGCAUCUCAACCAUCACGCUGGAAUCAAGCCGUACCAGUGCGAAAAAUGCAAAGCAUGCUUCAGUCAGUCCAGCAAUAUGAAGACGCACUUUCGAAAAUGUACUGGGAUUCCCAGCGCAACUGUUACAAGUGAAAGUUUCGACUCUCAACAAACUUCUGGUCCAUCUGGAUCUUCAGGAUCUCGAAGCGGUGCAGGAAUGGGUGGGAACUUGCCGUCAAUCAUUCCACAAAACCUUUCACCAUAUUCUAUGGAAGAGGUGCAAGAAGCUGUUCUCCUCGAAGAACAAUUGCAACAGCAACAACACCACAGACUUCGACAGCUUCAACAGCAAGGCCCGUUUAUUGGACUUUCUCCCAUGCAACAACAACAAAUUUUGCAGGAAAUGGAGCGAUCAUCCUUUCUCGGCCCAUCACCCGGUGGACCAUCCUCCUUACAUUCCCCCAGCACUGCGUCAUCCUCCCCUCGCUCGGGGUACCGUUCAUCAACAUCUACGAAUUCACAAGCCUUGGGCUUCAACCUGGGUUCAAUGAGUUUAAACUCACCGACAGGACUUUCCCGGUCUAGACAACCUUCUGGACUUUCUCUCAUCCCAUUGAGCAACCCAUCACCCACAUCUCUCGCCGCAGGUCAUCCUUUCAUUCCGCUGGAAAGUGUGAACAUGGGUGGUUCAUCUUCCACUGGUGGACCAACGUCUGGUACUCCGCACAAUAUGUCCCCCUCAUCCCCAUCCAGCCUCAUCAUGUCGUCUCCUCGACAUCAAAAUAUUGGCGACUUGAGUCCCUCAGAAUACUCACAAAUUCAGUCCUUCACUCAAUCCAUAGCAGCCCAGCAGAGGAGUCUUUCUAACCGUUCUCGAACCAUUAUUCCACAGACGGUUGUCUCUCAUGAACAGCAACAUCAGGGAUUAAUUGAUCAGGGUGGUGAAAUGCAAAAUCCAGCAGCAUCAUCUUCAUCGGGUGGUAGGAGCAGUCAUCACCAUCAACUUUCUCCACACCAAAUCCCCAUUCCUAGAAUUUCACCUGGUCGCCAAUACCCACUUUCACCAAGACAAUCACAGGCUCAACAGGCUCAAGAGUAUUAUGAGGUAAUUCUACCAGCUUUGGCAAUUUCUCGCUCAAUGACUCAACUUAGUCCGAGACAAUCACAACACUUGAGGGCAGAAAUGUUAGCGGAUCAGCAACAUCAUCAACAACAAAUGGGAGGUGUAUUAAGACAUCAAGAUCUUCAUAGGAUUUACAGGGUGCAAAAUCCAAGACUCGAUUCCAGAUCGCAAUUUCAAGUAUCUCAACAACAACAACACCAACAACAAGGACUUCUUUCGAGCCACCAUCCCCUACCACCACUUCAAAGUGGAGGAACACUGCCCAGCAUCGCUUCACUCACUCGAACCACGCCCACAUCUCAAAAUUCUCAUGACACAUUUCGAGAUUCAUUAGCUGGAUCGAUGGAACAAAGAAUAAGGGAAGCUCAGCAUGAGACUUGGAGACUCCGUGAAGCAGCAGCAGGGAGAAACAGUGGGGGUGGUGGUGGUGGUCCGAGUGACAAGUCUCCCUUCAACAAAGACGGUCAAUAUCGACACUGAAGAAACGACGACUUAUGCGACUGGACACUCAUAUUAUUGUUGCUAUUGAAUAUUAUCAUUAGUUAAGAUAAAUAAGACUCUGUGAGAGAGGGGAUAAUCAUGAUUACUCAUAUCAGUCAGAUAAGCAUUCUUUUACACAUAAAAAUAGGAGCUUUCUCCAAUCAAACCUAUUUACACCCAAGAAUUAUCCCUACAAACCCCUCCUAUACAUACACCAAGAAGGUUGUUGUUAACAAGUAAUAGGAAACGGUCCGUGAUUUACUAGCUCAACAAAAGUCUGUUAGAUUCCCUUUAGAUUUUUCUUAAUUUUCAAACCAUACACAGUUACGAAAGCUAUAAAAAUAUGCCCUCACUCAAUCCUUCCCGUCUCCAGACCUAUGUAUCAGUUGCUUAGACUGGAAAGAAUUACAACUUCAAAAAUACAAAAAAUUAUUGGAAUAAGAAAGCAACCUUAAAUAUCUUGAACCAUGCAGUGAAUUCAACAAAGUAUUAAAGAGUUAGCCAAACCAAUUUAGUCAAAAUAAUUGCUCAGGAUGCGAGUGAAUAUAUUAUUAAUUGGUAAUUUACAUGCUCUUAGAGCACUUUAAACAAUUUACAUGUAAAGAAAAUUUUGAGAUUUAGCAUGUUAUCUCAUUAAAUUUGUUUCCUAUAUUUAACUAACUAUCGAGUAUUUUCACAACUUUCAUCCCCAAGUAAAAAUAGCUAGAUAAAUUAUUAACAGGCGAUUACUAACAAAAUAUUACGGUGCAAUGGGUACAGCCAGUUAUUAUCACUACGCGUUAAAAAAUAUCCUUGCAACACGAAUUCAGAAUUCAUGAGAGUAUGCAAAUGUGUGAGUCCGAUUAGUGCACAUUGACCAAACUAAAAAAUUGACGCUUCAUAAACACCUCCUCGAGACCAAUGUCAGACUUUAUAAGAAAGAAGUUCACAAAAUUUCCCUUAUUUCUGAAAUCGCUUUUCAUAGUCCCCUGAAUGAAAGAUUGCCACUAUAAAAUAUCACUCAAUCACCCAGUAAUAACAACUCCUCAGAUUUAACGAGUUCACAUUGACAAAUCAAAUCAAAGUGGUAUCGUUUCAAUAUACGUUAUUCGUUCGAUAGUACAAAUUCCUUGAUUUACAACAAAUUAGUCAAUGAGUUUUGUUUUUACAAAACUCAUUUUUCGAACACAAAUCGCUGCUAAAAAGAAAACAAAAAGCUGAUAUGUUGUGAUUUCUUUUGUAAUGUCCCCUUAUACAUAAAUAUAAUAUCGAAUGGACAGUACAGGUUGUUCUAAAAAUAUGUAACAAGAGGUCAUCCAAUCAUACUAGCUCAUACGCUUGCUAUACAGACAUUCAAAAAAUGUUGUUCUAUAGUAUUUGUAAUCGAGAUCAUGGUUUGAUAAUGAUAAAAUGUGAACGUGUGAUGAACGACUUAACAACUCUCAUAUUUAUGCUGUGAAUACAUAAUAUUUAAGUCAUAAAAGUAUUUAUAAAUACAAAAUCAAGUAAUUAAUUAUAUUUAAUAAUUACUUUAUACAUAGAUUUCAAUAAUGUUCAGAGAAAGCACUCGAAACAGAAACGUCCUUCAUGAUGAUAGCGUGUAUGUAUUGCACGGAUGAGUGCGUCAACUAAUUAUCUAAUUAUUAUUAUGUAAUAUGUCCUGAAAAUGAAUCACCUAACUAAUCCAAUUGUGAACGAGUGUGUAAGAAUUGGUGCUCAUAUUUGUGGUAUUUAUCUAAACAAUGUGGUAGUUGUGGCUGACUAAAGUAAGCAUAGAUAUGUACUUAUCAUAUAUUAUAAGAAAUAGUGUGUGCUGAUAAGCACAACAGGGUACGUACGUUUUGAAGGGUGGUGGUGAAAGCGUGGUGAAAGUCAGAUCGAGUGAUUCACUCAUCCCUUGUGGUUUUUCGCCCAAUUUACCUGUAAAACCCAAACCAAAAAAAUGUACGUAUUUAUAUCGUUAUAUAAGAAACUAUUGUUACUACUUUACUUUCUAGUUUAACUAUUUAUAAUUUGAAUAUUAGUAAUUUAUUAAUUCAACUACAACAUAUAUUAUUAUAAUGUGAUGAUGGUCCUUUUUAUACUUUCGAAAAAAGUGAAUAUUGGAAGUAAAAUGAUAUAUCAAUGUCAUAUAAUCACAAAUAUUUAGUGUAUGUAUAUAAAAAAAUAGGAUACUUCUUGUUUCCAACCCUCAACAAACUCUUGAUAAAAAAACGUGAAGUUUAAUAGUAUAAAAAUAUUUCUAUACCUUUCUCUACAUUUGUGACAAGACUACUACAUGACACGAAUUACUAACAAAAAUUACUCCUACUACGAAUUAUAUCUGA